AUGCCCCUCCGGCCGCCCCCUUGGGGCCGCCACGCUUCCAUAGAGGAUGGCAUGAAAUCCAUCAACGCCUGGGCUAAGCAGGAAGGAUAUGCAAUCGUCCGGCAUAGGAACAAAAUGGACAAGCGCACGCCCCCUCAGGUGCGCAAGGUGCUUGUUCAUUGUGAUUGCGCGGGUGUAUACACGCCUGCCAAUCGGAAGAAAAAGACCCGUUCAAAGAAGUGCGAUUGCCCUAUGAAAGCCUGCUUCACGAGAGACCUACAGCUAGGUGAUUGGUUCUUCGAAGUUGAGGUUUCUGGCCACAAUCACCACCCGUUUGAUCCGGAUGAGGGGACUCCAGCCGUGCACCGAGAUCUUGAUGAGGAUACAAUUCGAACCAUCUACAAUUAG